AUGCUUUCCAUGCCGUCGCUGGUCACCGUCAACAACAACGUUUCCCUGCUGAGCAUUACAAUCGCUCCAAGCACAUACGUAGCAACGCUGACCUUGUCCUUUGUCUUCGUCUACCUAUACAUCGUUCAGAUCUCGUGGAAACCGACACUGCUACCAAACAAGCCGCAGUCGAGGCGCCUUCCCUCCCACCACCACCCACUUACAAGGCCUUACCCGCACCACCCGCCCCCGAGGCCAGCGGCGCACUCGUCCGUCGCAGCAACCGCCACUCUUCCCAACAUUACCAGCACGAAUAUGAUGAUGGCUACGAAACAUUCGACGACGUUCGAUCCUCUCGAUCAUUUAGACGCCUCCUUGGGCGACUUCGAGCCGACGACCCCGCCACCGGGCAGGAGGGGUCCCCAGGGCGUGAACUUGUUCGGGCACCCGUCGCAUCACUCGAGCUUCCGGUCAGACGACGCGGAGAGCGACCUGGGCCCGGACCCCGAAAACUCAGUCUCCGUCGGUGGUUACAGUCCUCCGGCUUGGCGCCGCCUCGGAAACGGGAGUCGCGACAGCGGCUUCUGGCGGCGGAGUGAUGACCUGCUAGGCGCAUUCUCUCCCCAGCUCCACGGACACCACCAAGGCUUUGGCGGAUUCAAGUCAAGAGAGUCAAGCCCCGAGUACGAUAGCGAUGGCGACGAGGGCGAGUCGGUGCUGCGCAGAGCUAUGCGCACAAGGUUGCCGACGGGGAGCAUGAGCCCCGAUAAGGCCCGGUCGCCCAGCCCCGAGCCCAAGAUGGAGGAUAGGACGAUCAAGUUGGAGGAUAUUCCGUGGAAAGAAACAAGCCCUUCAGAGGGAACAUUGAAUCAAGACAAUUAUAUCAGGUUCGCGUUGCGCGCAGAAGUACAGCAGCGUACGGAACCUAUCGAAGCCCUAGUUCAUUUCUUCCGCUCAAAAUGGCGAUUCUUGACUCACUCGUGGUCUUCCACGAUCCUGUCCAUCCUCGUCGCCGUGCUCGCCAUAACGGCGACACGUAACCUCUUCCAGCCCGCUGCGCAACAGCCGGUGCCCGACCUCGUCAAGGUCGCAGGUAUCGCGCGGUCUUUUGAACCGCUCAUUUACUUUUCCGAGAAUGGCGCAUCCCAGGUCGGCGAUCUGCAAGCGACCGGCGUCGCUGUCUGGGACCUCGGCGAGAGCGUGCGCUCCAGCAACAUGACUUCUGCGCCUAUCAUUGUCAAGGAGCUGGAUGAUCUCAGUGAGAGCUUAAAGACUCUGGCUGUUGAGCUGACCAAAUUCUUUGCGAACGUUGAUGGCGACAUUGAUGGUAUUCUUAUAGUCAUGGACUGGGCGCGCAGAGAACUCUCUCAAGUCCAACACCUCCCCUCAUCGCCCUUCACUGCCGCCUUUGACAACAUCCACAACCUCCUCUCUGAAGCAGGCGUUCUCGAAGACGGCUUCGGUAGCCCGACUCGCCUUGGAUCUCUAUCGAGAUACAUAUUUGGCAUGUCCAACCCGCAGCGGACGCGCCUCACUCUUCAGCGCACAUUCAACGAGUUCCUCACGGUCCUCGAGGAUGCCAUCAACUCGGAGCUCCAGCAUUCCCUUGCCCUGUUUGCGCUCUUCGAGGCCAUCGACCACCAAUUCCUCAAUCUCGCGCGCACAGUUGUCCGUGAGGCAUCCGCGCAGGACGACCUGCACGCAGACUCGUUGUCGUCACUCUGGACGCGCAUCUUAGGCGCCAACGCCGCCGAGGUGGCCAAAUACGAGCGCAACCGCCUUCUGCUACAGAACGUGAGGGAGAAGACAGUACGGAACAAGAGCAUCCUAGUCGAGCACAACGGCAAGCUCAUGGCUCUCAAAGCCAAUCUCGAAAACCUGCGACGCAAGCUAGUCAGCCCGCUCGUUAGGUCUGUCAACUCGAGCACCCUGACGCUCGAGGACCAGAUCCGCGGGCUGGAGGACGUCGGCGGCUACCUCGAGGGUGUCCGGACGCGGCAGAAGGGCAAGUUGAUGGAGAUGCUGUACGGGAGCGUCGGCAAUAGUCGGCGGCUCAUUGAGGAGCGGACGUAUGGCCGUACAGCAUGA